AUGGUGUCGAAAGAUGAGAAGCCGAAGCAAUCGGGAAUGUUCAGUGUGGAGAGUUUGUUGGAGACGCCCGCUCAGAAAAUGAUCAAGGAGGAGUUGCUGAAACCGAUGCCGCUCAGUCCGUUGACUCCAAAGACGCCGAUGAUGAUGCCCUCUUUGCAUCACAUGGCCCCAUACUUUACACCCCAGCUUGAUCCGGUCAUGAUCUACUUUGCACAGUCAGGGUUAGUUCUUGAGAACUUGGGUUUUCCAUAAAAAAACGUAUUUGUGUUCAGAAACCGUUUGCCUGUGGUCAGCUCGGACAGCUCUCCAGAAUCUUGUGCCUCUUCGCCACUUUCAAUGCAACAAUCUCUUCCAUGGCUCUCAUCUCAACGAGAAGAUUCUCCAAGUAGGCAAAACUUCAUUCUGCAAUCUUUAGUUGUUAUUUCCAGCAAGCGACGACGCAAAAAUCCAAAUAGGACUCACAAAGUGCAUGUUGAGGAAGCACAAAAACAAUCGAAAGCCGCGCACGCCUUUCUCGACCCAACAGUUGAUUUCUCUGGAAAGGAAGUUUCAGUCAAAGCAGUAUUUGUCGAUUGCGGAGAGGGCAGAGUUUAGCGCGUCCCUGCAGCUCACGGAGACUCAAGUGAAGAUUUGGUUUCAGGUAAGAGGAUUACUGUAGAUAUGCGCUCAUUAGAUUCUAAUCAAUCAAGACACGCGCCUCAUAAUUAUGGGUGUUCGUAAACGCGUUGUGAUUUGGUCUUUUCCAAUGUUCCGAUAUCCACGAUCCGCAAGCGAUAACGACGACCUUCACGCCUUUUCGUUACCCCUUUCAAUCUGAUCUGACACCUCCAUCAUAUUAUGAGAUCCUAGACCUGUUAGACCAACACCUGUUACCAUACAAACUUCUGAUGUGAUCGUCUUUUUGGGAAGAGCAAAAAGUAAAGCCGACCGAUAAAAUGAGCCUAUCUGAUGUAGAGUCUCAAGUGGUCACACUACCAGUCAAGUGACUGUUGUGCCAGCUGUCUUUUCUUUCCAUGAUACAGUUCUACAGUACCCUCUCAAAAAUUAUUAGGGACGGGCGCGUGGUGCGCGACAGAUGAUGCGGGCCCCCCGAGAGGAAAGCGGUUAAUUGACCUUCCUCAUCACGUAAUUGGUAAAUAUUUCCUUUCCCCUCCUCCAGCACAUCACCCCAAAACCGAUGCCUCAAAAAUUUCUUGCGCGCGUGAGGGGCAUACACACACACACAAUGGUGUCAAUGACGCAAGCUAAUUGUGCCGGACACAUUUCUAUUUUCUCCCCUCAUCUGCUCAUGCCCGCAGGCUUUUGGCUAAUCAGUCAAAUAUGUGAUGGGCCAUAAAAUACGACGAAAUACCGGAGGAUUGGAUUGUGUUGGAUUGCGCGAUACAUCUGCACUAACACCCCAGCCUUGAUUUAGUACGCAAUUCACACCUGCCACCAAACAAUUUCGAAGGUCACCGGAAUCAGUUUUUGAGACACUUUUCUGAGGGGAUCGUUUCGCCAAAAUGCAAUCAGUCAGAUUUUGCCUUUGCUUUGAAGGUGUUAAUGAUAUGAUUAAUGAAUGAGAAGAUUGCGGUGGAAUUUGGCAAUGAAAAUGGCCCCCCUGCUGUGUGCUUGGCCGAUCAAACACAGCCACAAAAUGAAAAAAAAAAGUGGUUACAGAAUCGGAGGGCAAAAUCGAAGAGGCUUCAAGAAGCGGAAGUGGAAAAGGUGAAAUUUGCACAGGCAAGUGCUUACGCGGCAGCUGCGGUUGGCGGAGGCGCGGAUCCGACGAGCAUGUUGGCGUUCUACCAGCAGCCAUGGUGA